CACAGCUGCACUGUCAGAUUAGUGAUAUCUUUCAGCCAUGAAGUCACUAAUCCUCACUCUUGUGAUUUUUACUGGAUUUUUAUAUGUAAGUUCUAUUUAUAUUCCUGGGUUCAUAUAUCAGAAUUGGAUCAGAACCAUUAUGGGUCCCAGUUAUUAGUGUUAUUUCCUAAUGUGCCAGUUUAGUGCUUAAUGGUAAAGAUGCCCCAUACAGGGGCAGAUAUAAGUUGCUGAGUCCCUCAGACUGAUUGAGCAGUUUAUCUGCCCGUGUAUGGGCCCCCCCAAUGGGAAUUGGCCAGAUCUCUCUAGGGCACAUAUAUAUCUAUAUUUGGUUUUCCCAUUGGAUGUGGCGCUCGCCCCGACGGCUCUUAUACCCAUUGUUACAAGCCCCACUGGGGCAGGGACUGAUGUAUAAUCCCUGUAAAGCCCUGUGUAACGUGUCAGAACUAUAUAAAUACUGGAUAAAUACCAGGAAAUAAAUACAAACAAAUGCCCCAAACAUCCGACCCACUCACAUUUCUCUUACAGGAACGAGACAUCAAACAAGAUUCCAAGGAAUAUUCUUAUAGGGAAAUUGCAGGCUACACGGAGUCCUGGCCAGUUUGCCCCGUGCCAGCUGAAAGGGGCAGUUAUGCAGAGAGCAGCGAUGCCCCGUUGGUACAGGAGAAGCCCAGGCCCAUUGUGCUACUAAUCCCUCAGGAUAUAAGAUGUGAUGGCUUGCUGUGUCCCAUCCCUCCUAUAGAGAGUCAGCUCACUAACCCAGAGCUGAGCAGCGCCAUCCUUCAGGAGUUCCUCCCAAUUGCACCUUAUAUUGAGCCCCUCAUCAGAGAUACUGCGAAUGGAACGAGCGUGGGAGGAGUCCUUAUGGGCUUCUUGGUACCAGAACUCAUUGCCUAUCUACUGGAGUUCUGUUAUGGCCGCUGGUCCGGCAGAAAGAAGCCAGAAAAGGACAGAGACGAGGGCCCCGCUGGGAGAGAGAGCGAAGGGCCACAAAGUCCUGCUCCAACCCAUGAUAACAUGGAGGAAGAAGCAGGACUUAGUAGCAGAAGAAGCCAAAAGAGGGAGGAGCCUAGAAGCGCUAAGAUGAGGAAGAAGCGGCGCCAGUCUGAGGCUCAUGAACCCCGAGGGUCUCACUCAGAAAAGAGACCCCAGAAAACAAAGAGCAAUGGAACAAUGACGGGAGAAGAGGAGAAGGAAUUCAAGCAGCUUCUCCAACAGUUCCUCUGCCAAUGCUUGCAAGGAGAAUUCUGAGGAGGUGGAGCCAUAGAGAGAAGUGGGUGGGAGGGAGGAGCUUCUCCAGGCUGUUCCU